CUGAGCCCAAUCAUAGUUCACUCAAGGAGACACCCCCAAAUCCUAACUCCCCCCCUUAUCCCAAGAAUCCCCCCCCUCUCCUUCGCCCCCCUUCCCAAUCCCUUAAUACCCGAGCCCGAGAGGGCUCGGGAGGUAUCGGUCUUGGACUUAAGGCUUUACGGGGCCCUUCCACAUGCGGUCCACCCCCCGUUCCUCAGUAUCCAACCUGGCCCGGGCUCAAGGUAUCACUCCUCCCCCUCCCUCUCCUUCGACUUGUCUCAGGAGAGGCCCAUUCUGUAAAAGGGCCUCUCCGGUUUAGAUUCUAUCUUGCCACCUGGGGCCCCUAG